AUCAGGCUGCCUGCUCCUUCCCAGACAAAACUCAGGAUUCUCUAUGGCUCUCCAGGAAUCCACGACGCCAGAUAUCUACCAGACGUAUUUUGAACCCACAGUCUACCUGAACUACUUCAAGAUGGGCCAGAGCCCUGUGGGUGAUGAAUGCCUCAAUUUCCUACUAAAACACUACCACUCCAUUUUUAAAUCAGGUGGGCUGAAAGGAAAGCUCCUGAUUGACAUUGGCUCUGGGCCCAGCAUUUACCAGCUCCUCUCCGCCUGCGAGUGUUUCGAGGAGAUCAUUGCCACUGACUACACGGACAAGAACCGCCUGGAGCUGGAAAAGUGGCUGAAGAAGAUUCCAGGGGCAUUUGACUGGUCCCCAGUGGUGAAACAUGCGUGUGAGCUUGAGGGGGACAGAGACAAGUGGGCUGAGAAGGAGGAGCGGCUCAGGAGAACCGUGCGACAGGUGCUCAAGUGCGACGUUCAUAAAGAGCAGCCCCUGGAACCCGCAGUGCUGCCCCUGGCGGACUGCGUCCUCUCCUCCCUGUGUCUGGAGGCUGCCUGCCUCACCGAGGAGGCCUUCCGGGCUGCCCUGCGUCACCUCAGGACCCUGCUCCGGCCCAGGGGCCAUCUGGUGCUGGGCGGGACCUUUGGCAGCAACUUCUUCAUGGUAGGGGACAAGAAGUUCCCCUGUCUUCCCCUGAAGGAGAAAUUGGUGUGUGAAGCUCUGCUGGCAUCCGGCUUCACCAUCGAGAAGCUGGAGACAACGACGCGGAUGGCCGAGACCCUGUCGGAUAAGGAUUCAAACUACACGGGGUUGUUUGUCUUUGUGGCCCAGAGAAACGACUAACGUAGCCGACUCGGAAGGGGUGUGAGCGUGCAGGGUCCUUCGGCCACACCAUUUGCUUUCCUCUGUGCUCAGUCGGCAUUUUUUAGAACCCUUCCCAGCAAAUGCUUUUAGAGUCUUAUUAUACAUGAUCGCCAGAUAAUUAGGGCUGUUCAUCUCAAGCAGAGAACUUUAUAAUAUCCUCUGCCGAAGUCCCAGGGUUGGGGAAGAAUUGGGCCAGAGAAAUAAAGCUUUGCCUCCCCUAGUUUUGAGGGCACCUCAGGGUUGCAUGGGUGCGAAGAGGGUAGAGUCCCCACGCUCUUGUACAUGAAGCAUCUGUGGACUUCUCGCCUUCGGAGCUCAUUCCUCAUCCGCAUCUUCACCCCCGCCGAUGAGACCACUGUCCCGUCCAACAAAAUGAAAAGAACACAGGCUUUGGCACAAGAAGACAUGGAUUUUGGUACUUGGCUCUUGUGAUGAUAGGUAGGCCAUUAAUAUCUCAGAGCCCCAGUUUCCCCAUAUCUGAAAUGGAAAUAUUAAGACCCUUCCCCAGACUUAUUGUGACUCCCCAAAUAUAUAACAUGAACAC